CUUCCGGGUUGGAAGCUGCGACGCUUUCACGCGCCUCGGCGCUUCUAAUGGUUGCAUCUUAAAGUUGAAUAUUUUUACUUUUAAAGUGACUUAAUAACAAUGUCCGAUAUAGAUUCUGACGAGUUUGACGAGGAACGCAAAAAACUUGGGGAAUAUGAAGGGGACAGAAAUGAGGCUGGAGAAAGGCAUGGAAUGGGGAAAGCGGUUCUGCCGAAAGGAGACGUUUAUCAAGGACGAUAUGAACGUGGCAAAAGACAUGGCAAGGGCACUUACCGAUUUGUGAAUGGGGCGAGAUAUGUCGGAGACUACCACCAGAACAUGAAACAUGGACAAGGCAUCUUCUACUACCCGGAUGGAUCUAAAUAUGAAGGUUCUUGGGCGGAAGACUUGAGACAAGGUCAUGGUGUUUACACAUACUCCAAUGGGGACACGUAUGUUGGAGAGUGGCUCAAUCACAUGAGACAUGGUGAGGGCACCUAUCGUUACCAUGACACCGGCUCAGUGUACACUGGCACCUGGGAGAAUGGCAAGAUUGAGUCUGUCGGAGAGUUCAUCCACGCUAACCAUAGAUACAGCAGUAACUUUGUCAAUAAUAAUCCAUCUGGUCCAGGAAAGUACAUCUUUGACAUUGGCUGCGAGCAGCAUGGUGAAUACCACCAAAUAGAGCAGGACCGUGCAGAAGGCGAGUGGGGGGAGCCAGGUUCCACCACGCUUCUCAAGUGGUUUCCAAAAUGCAUCACUGGUCUGACGUCACAUGAGGCCGAAAGCGAGCAUGAGGGACAGCCCAUGGGCCAAGCUGAGGGUCAGGUCGAGGGCCAGGCCGAGGGCCAGGCAGACGUCGAGGUCAAGCCUCCGGCUGAGCUUCCGCCCGAGGUUCCGCCCGAUACACCUACCGAACCGGCACCCGAAGACGCUAAUCAAUGAAAAUGGACACACGUAAUGUAAAGUCAUUAGAAGUAAACAACUUUGGAUCUAACAAUUUUACCCAUUUUCAGUUUGUACGGAAGCUUGAAAAUUAUGUUAUGUCAUCCUACGAUAUAAACUUUUUCCCAGGCCUUAGCUGAAUCUUUGUCACCUUUGUACCAUCUCAUCUUGCUGAGGUAUGUCAUAAUGAGGCAUUUAAAGUGCUAACGACUAUAAACAUACACGCCCUCCCUUUAACAUAUAUAGUGCCAUUGACGAUGGUAGAUGUUCAACGAUGGUGCUUUUUUUCAUCCUUCUGCUGUGAAUUUAAAUGCUACUAGUAAAUGUCCAUUCACUUUGAAGUGGGAGGGUGGCAGAUUGGACAUCUCGCGCCAUCAAUGGCAGCCAAUAAGUUAAUCAUAGGAGUUGGUGUUUUUAUUUGUUGUUUUUAUUUUUAUUUUAAAUAGACAAUGAAAAAACUGGAUAUGUUCUUUUUCAUUUUUUUAGGUAGCCUAGAAGU